GCUUGCAGACGCGUGUAAUCACCAGCUAAACAGCGGUUCCACAGUUCGACUAAGAAUCUGUAACAUUCAUCAAGAAUUCAACUCUUGAGCCGAUCCAAAGUAGAGAACAAAUACCGGAAGUCAAUGUGGAGUCGUUGUGUUGCCCUUCGCGUGCCUGACCUCCCCUGACGCAACAGAACUAAAGUAGAUUAACGAUGUUCAUGUUUUAACAUUCAUCUGCUUUUCAGUCGACAAACAUGAAGAGAGCAGAGAAGACGGCCAAGAAUGCGACCAGCAGCAGCGACGAAGAAGACUCUGAUGUGGAGAAGAACUUCGCUCUGCUGAUGGAGAGAGGAGCUGAGAAGGUGGGGGAAUGCAGUGAGGAUGAAGAGAGAGACGUUGAUGGAUCUGAUCAUGUCGAGGAGGAAGAAAGUGAAGAUGAGGACGACAAUGAAGAGUCAGCGAUUCAGACGAGAGACGACAUAAAAAAAGAACUUUCCAACAUGUCCUUUGAGGAAGUCAUGAAGCUCCAGAAUGAAGUGGGCACCAAAGCGUACCAGGAAGUGGCCUAUGGCGCCACCAAGCGUCAGCAGAGCGCCAAGCACAAACGUCUCAACAAGAAUAGGCCCAUGGAGAUGUCCUCCAAGAAAGCGGCGCCAUUUCUUCGCCAGGUGGUUGCCGUCAAGAAAGCGACGCUGAGAGACCCUCGCUUUGACGACCUGUCAGGAGAGUACAAGGCGGACAUCUUUGAGAGGACCUACGACUUCAUCCAUGACAUCAGACGGCGAGAGGCCCAGGUGAUCCAAAAGGAGCUGAAGAAGACCAAGAACAACGACAAGAAGGAGAAACUCCACUUCCUCCUCAAGAAGAUGGCCAAUCAGGAGCAGGCGAGGCUGAGUCGAGAGAAGCAGAGGGAACGGGAGCUUCAGUUUAAGAAGGAGCAGAGAGAACAAGCUAAUAAAGGAGCACGACCCUUCUUCCUCAAAAAAUGCGAUCAGAAGAAGGUGCGUCUGGCUGAGAGGUAUCAUCAGCUGAAGAAGAGCGGCAAGCUGGAGAAAUUCCUGAGCAAGAAGAGGAAGAGGAACGCCCUCAAAGAUCGCAGGAAGUUGCCACAGCAACAGCACAACAAGCAGGGAAAAACACAGUGAGGCUGAUGCGUUCUGGGGGAGGGGUCACACAUAAAAAUCAUGUCUCACUAGACGCUGUUGGAGUGUCUUCAGGUUGGUCCACAUCCAUAAAGGACCUCCUCCUUUAAUUGUUCUUCUUGAUGGAUCAGCUGUAAAAAUGAUCCUUAAUCUUUUUCAAUCAAUGAAACAAACCUCUUACGUUACUGUCACCGUAACUUUACUUUCUACAUAAACCUUUAAAAUAUUGAUGCA